AUGGGCCAAUUUAUGGUGUGCCUGGCGCACUUUUGCGAGAUCCAUGGUCCAUCCGUGGUGAUGUGUACACAAUCAACGGCCUUGGACCGAGCCGAGGAGAUAGCGGCGGCACCACCCACUGCAUCGCAGUUAUGCAGCUCGUGCAGGUUGAUCAUACCAAAAUCCGAAGGCGAUUUGGAAGAGCCGAGCAGUAUUCGCACGGUGGAAGCUGGCCGGUGCUAUACCAGUUCCCAAUACCCAUCUUCACAGCCGAAAUACAGUGCUCUACGACAGAUAGUGAUGAAAAGUCUCUCUGUGGAGAUGACAUAUGACUCGUCAGCACCAAUAAUGUUUGGAGAUCAAGCAAUUGGAUAUUCUGUUGUGAUGACGUUCAAAGUGAGAGAUUCUCUGGCCAGAGGAUCUGAGCGCAAGUACGCAUUAAUGGUUAUAGGCGAGCAGGAAGGGGAGGUGAUUCAUUCGUGGGAUCUGAUUGUGGGAAAUAUUCAAGAGAUUAUCGUUUAUGUACGAGAUCGACUGGCGACAGUGGAAAGUGAUCGAAAUGACGAGGUUGGAAACGAGCGUUUUUUUAGAAGGGCCCAGAUGACAAAACCAAAGAGCUUAGUGGAGCUUUUGCACGAUGACCGGUUCUUUGUGCGACUUCACUUAUGGGCAGCUUCAUUAUUAAAGGAUUGUUCUGCUACGGCGUAA